AUGCUGUCGACGGUGCUGAAUAUCAUCAUCUUUGAGGACUGCAGGAACCAGUGGUCAAUGUCUCGGCCUCUGCUCGGCUUGAUACUGCUCAAUGAAAAGUAUUUCUCUGACUUGAGGAACAGUAUAGUGAACAGCCAGCCUCCGGAGAAACAGCAGGCAAUGCACCUCUGCUUUGAGAACCUCAUGGAAGGCAUCGAACGCAACCUCCUAACCAAGAACAGGGACAGGUUUACACAAAACCUGUCGGCGUUCAGGCGAGAGGUGAACGACUCCAUGAAGAACUCCACCUACGGUGUGAACAGCAACGACAUGAUGAGCUGACGUCUCCCAACUCCACCUGUACAGAGCAGCAUCUCUUUGGCCUGGCCCAGAGGGGUUACCGUUUCCGAUGGAAAGAAAAGAGGGCGUUUCUAAUCCCUGCUCUUCCCCAGGGCUGGAUUGCGGCGCUCGCUUUGGGCCGUACUCCACGUCCCGAGGGAGGAGGGAACAGGAGGGGUUGUUGAGCUCACCGGGGCAGGGUGCUUCUGUUUCCGUGGGAGGGGGUGGAAGGGCAUAAGCCAGGUGCAAGAAUCCAGCGUCUCCCUACCCGAAUGUCUGCGUGGAACGCCAGCGCUCUGCUGCAGCCUGCCUUGUAUAAACAUGUACAUUUUUUCAUAACAUUUUGAACAAGGUUUAUAUUGACUCAGUUUAAAAAAAAAAA